AUGUAUGGGUAUGUUUGCCUUUUUUCCUCCGCCUUCUUCUUGCUGAUUAACGCGGUCUUCCUCGUCGACUUCUCCUACCAGUGGAGCGAUGACUGGAGUGAGCGGGCAGAGUCGAACGAAAAGUGGAUGUGGUAUCUUUUCGCGAUCGCCGUCGGCAGCUUCGCGCUGGCCGUUCUGAUUAACAUUAUCUCGAUUUACGUCUACAUCCCCCACGCAGAUUGCAACCUCAACGCCUUUGUGCUGACCACCGUCGGGGUCGGGACUCUGGGUUUUACCGUCCUCUCGAUUUGGGUCCCCCACGGCUCGAUCGUCCCGAGUUGUCUGGUCUUCCUCUACGCCAGUGGGGUGGUCUUCCUGACCUUGCGUACUAUUCCCAGCACGUACUGUAAUCGCUACGGCCCCAGCUUCUCCCAAGGGACCUCCUUCAAGCAGGUCGUCUUCGGCAGCGUGGUGACGAGCUUUACCCUGGCCUACACCGUCAUCUCCUCCAGCGGGAGCGGACGCGCGCUGAACGUCGGGGUCGACGACAACGACGACGACGAGGACCCGGACCGGACCGGGCACCUCUCGCACUAUAUGUUUUUUCACUUUAUUAUGAUGCUCGGCUCGAUGUACCUCGCGAUGCUCGCGACGGAUUGGCGGGUGAGUGGGGGCGGUGAGGAAACUUUCCUGGGGAGCGUUUAUAUUGCGUUUUGGGUGCGAAUGGUCGCCGUGUGGACGGCGAUGUUCUUAUACAUUUGGUCACUUGUCGCUCCCUAUACAUGCUGUAAGGGCAGGGACUUUGGGUUUACGGUGGACGAUGACUGGAUAUGA